UAUACCAUAUUAUCAAGAAGAAGCUUUAAUUUAAUUUUUUGAACUAGCAGAAAUAUACCAAAAUGAAUAAGAAAUCAAAAUCUUACUUGAUUGACGAAAUGUUAACGGAGAUGGCAAUUGGUCGACAGUCUAUGAUCCAGCAAUCGAGCACCAUAUCCGAUAUCAUUGACAAGUCCAACAAUAUUUUGUUGCAAAUCGAAUCUAAUCGCGCCAAUACAAAUCAGGCAAACUCAAAUGCCAACAGCGCCACACACAAAACAUAUUCCUGCAAAAAGGAAACAAUACAGACACUAGCCAAAAUCAUUGAGAAUGCUCCCCAAUUGUUCAGUGCCAAUAUGCAAACUCUAGCGGCUGGAUUGAACCAGAACACAGAACAAUUUGAACAGUAUCUCGAGCAAAGUCAUCAACGUGCAGAAUACCUUAGCAGUUGUGUUCGGAAAUUGCUAGCUAUUGGCGAUACUAUGACUCAAAUCAGAGCUGUAAUAAAUGAAGAGACUGUGGCCGAGAACAACUCGGAAAUAUUUGAACCAUCGAGUGAGUGACUCUCAUGUAUAUUGGAAAAGAAAUGUUUUAUAACUUAUGCUUAAAAUAUAUUUAUAUAAAAAACUA